UGCCAGGUGUAGGAGGAUGUAUUGAUUGUACGCAUAUAAGAAUACAAAAUCCAGGUGGUAUAAAUGGAGAAGUAUUCAGGAAUCGUAAAGGAUGAUUUUCUUUGAAUGUUCAAUUAGUUUGUAGUCCAUUGAUGGAAAUACAUGAUUUGGUGGUUAGAUGGCCAGGUAGUUACCAUGAUAGCUUUAUCUUCAAUGCCAGUCAUGCAUGUGCUGUAUAUUCUAACAAUAAUCAUAAUCUUAUACUUCUGGGAGACAAUGGAUAUGCAUGCAAACCUUACAUAUUUACACCUUUACUUAAUCCAGUAACAAAUGCAGAGAAAAAUUAUAAUAAAGCUCAUAUCAAAACCAGAAAUAUCGUAGAGCGUGUAUUUGGUGUAUGGAAAAGAAAAUUUCCAUGUCUAAGGAGAGGUUUAGCUAAUUCACCAAACACAAUAGUUUCAAUAAUUGUAGCUUGUGCUGUACUAUAUAACAUAAGUUUAAAAUUAAGAUUACCUAUAUAGUAUAAUUCAUAUAGGUACUUACUUUGUUUGCACCUAAAUGAGUGUUGAAAUUAACAGCAAUUCUUUCCCAAGCUGAGUUUUUGUCCCUGUUGCUAAACUUAUCUGUUUUUUUGCAUUCAAUUAUGUCCCUUUCUUUUGAUAUGCAGUGUAAUAUUAUUGAUUUUUCCUCUUCAGAAAUAUUAGGAGCACGGGCUCGUUUAUUUUUUUCUGAAUUGCUCGUCAUUAUAUAAAAUAUUUUUAUUAAAUAAGAAA